AUGUACUACAUUAUAUCGUACGAGUCACACACAAACAAUUUCGUUAUGGAAGGGUAUUUUACAAUCUUUUGUCCUAUAGGUUAUUGGAUGAAUUUAAAUUGUCACUGCAUUAAACAGUCAAGAAACUUAACGGUUUGUAACCUUUUUCUUGCAUCUUGUGAGCAAUGUCGGCCAAACACAUACUCUUUAGACAGAGGAAAAGUUCAUCACAACAUUACUAACAAAAUCACAUGCCAAAAGUGCCCUGCGAGUGGUGAUUGCUCCGAAGGCAAAGUAACUUCGAAGAAAAAUUUCUGGGGAUAUGAGUCAAACCAGAGAGUCAAAUUUCUACAAUGUCCUCCCAAAUACUGCUGUGAUAUAGAUCAUUGCAAACACUACAACACUUGCCAUGGUCACAGAAUGGGCACCCUGUGUGGCGAGUGUCCCAGUGGUAUGUCAGAAUCUCUAUUCAGCACAAAAUGUAAACCAAACAAAAACUGCACAAGUGGUAUAUUUUGGCCAGGGGUAUCAGCUUACUUAAUACUUUAUCUCUUAUUCUUCUUGUACCAGGAAAAUAUAUUCAAUUUUGUGCACACUCGUGUUAUUUCAAGAAUCUUUUUGCCGUCAAGAAAUGGUCGAUACACCAAGCCCGGGGGCUUGAUUAAAAUAAUAUUUUAUUAUUAUCAAGUUGUUCAUUUGUUAAGAAAUUCUGUUGGCUCAGAUGAAAAAGCUAGAUUACUUGAUGACAUGGAAUCUUUUUUAUCCAGAGCAUUCAAUUUUCUUAUUGUUAGCAUUCCUGCCUUUGAUUGUCCAUUUCAAGAACUUCGACCUGUUCAAAAAGCGAUGAUCAUUCAUUCUGUUGGAUAUAGCUUGUUAGUACUUCUAUGUUUAUUGUAUUUUUCUACUUUUGUAUUGAAGAAAUUGCAGAAACUGAGGACCAGAUCAAGUCAGCAGACCUUUGCACAUACUGAAACAACGGAACAUACUCCUAACCUGGUAAAGAACCCUUUUGUGGAUCGUAUUUCGGGGGCCUUUGCUAGCAUUUCACUUCUAAUGUACAAUUCGUCGACUCAGUUGUGUCUUUCUCUGCUUUACUGUGUACCAGUUGCAGGCAACAGCCAUGUUUUAUUUAUUGAUGGUCAUAUUAAAUGUUACCAAACCUUUCAGAAAUUUCUUUUUGGUUACAUGAUUUUGUCCAUACUUCCAUUUUGUCUUGUUCCUGUUCUGGGCUCCUAUCUUUUAAAAUUAAAUCGCAUUUCUGUGGCACAGUUUUGCCUGGCUUGUAUCUUUCCGUUGCCAUUUUGUUUCUAUUGGUCGUAUUUGUUGGUACGGAAUUCUUCGUGGUGCAUAAGACGUUUAUGCCGUGUUAGGACAAACGAAAAUGUGGCCGCAAUUGGAGAAGAUGAUCGAAUACAAGAUAACAACAGCAGUACUGAAAACUUUAUAGACUCAAAUACAUUUGAAGAUAGUGAAAUUGUGAGUGGAAAUUUGCGUUCAGAACCUGAGCCCAGUUGCAAUGAUUCUGCUGUUCUUCGAGUUCUUUUAGGCCCAUUUCGGGCACACAGGGCAACUUUUAUUUUCCCUUCCUCGCAUCUGCCCUGGGAAUGUUUUCUUAUUUUUCGUCGCUUGGCCUUGAUUUUGGUCCUCACGUUUGUUUUUGAUAAUCACAUGAAAGCAACUGUAUCCACAAUGCUUUGUGUAGCUAUUUUGCUAACUCAUGUGUUCGUCAAGCCUUUUAAGACCGCCAGCGAUAACAUACUUGAAACUUUAUCCCUUGGAACUCUGAUAAUAAUCUCUCUAUUUAGUUUAGUUAAAGGUAUUCAUAAUGGUGAAGAUUUGGACUCUGGUAGCUUGUUAGACAUGAUCAAUGUAACUGAAAAUAUUCUUAUAGUUUCUCCUGUUCUUCUAAUAAUUUCUUUGGUAACGCUUUGUAUUCUUUCUAAAUUGGUAUUGAUGUUUCGCUUCUGCUUUCAAGCUUUAUUCAGGCGCUGUAUCACAGACGAAAUUGACUCUUUAUUACAUCGAGUCGAUCAAGAAGAAGUGCGCUGA